GGGAGGCCAGCCAGUAGCGUCGAUUCCAGGCUGGGCAGGGGCGGGGCUGGGAGCCUCCCGGGCCAAUGGCGGCGCCAGAGGGGCGGCGCCUGAGAGCAAGCGUGUUCGGGUGUCUCCCGGCUCCAGCCCUCGUUGCCGCUGCUCCCGCCGCCGCCGCUUUGCACCAUGGGCAACGUCCUGGCUGCCAGCUCUCCGGUACCCCCUCCGACAGUGCCAGGCUUAGUAGCGGUGCCACCGGGUUUCUCCAUGCCUCCUGUCACCGGACUGCCCCCCCCUGUGCAAGAUCGCAGCGCAGAAGAAAAAUGCGACCAGCUUCCUAACCCUGGCACUUUUGAGGAAUGUCAUCGUAAAUGCAAAGAAUUGUUUCCGAUCCAAAUGGAGGGGGUGAAAUUAACAGUAAACAAAGGUCUCAGCAACCAUUUUCAGGUCAACCAUACAGUGGCGCUCAGCACAGUCGGCGAUUCCAAUUACCACUUUGGGGCUACGUAUGUCGGGACAAAGCAGCUAAGCCCCACAGAGGCCUUCCCAGUGCUGGUCGGUGACAUGGACAACAGCGGCAGCCUUAAUGCACAGAUUAUCCACCAGCUCACAAAUAAAAUUCGGUCAAAGGUGGCUUUUCAGACGCAGCAAGCCAAGUUUGUGAACUGGCAAGUGGACGGCGAAUACCGGGGCACAGAUUUCACCGCGGCCGCCACGCUAGGGAACCCCGAUAUCGUAGUAGGCUCAGGGAUCCUAGUGGCACAUUAUCUGCAGAGCAUCACGCCAUGCCUGGCGCUGGGCGGGGAACUGGUGUACCAUCGGCGAGCAGGGGAAGAGGGAACCGUCAUAUCUCUCGCUGGGAAGUACACAGCACCAAACUGGAUUGCGACGCUGACAAUAGGACAGGCUGGCGCACACGCCACGUAUUACCACAAGGCCAGCGACCAGUUGCAGGUGGGGGUGGAAUUCGAAGCCAGCACCCGCAUGCAAGACACCAGCGCAACCUUUGGAUACCAGCUGGAUCUCCCCAAAGCCAACCUCCUUUUCAAAGGCUCCAUUGACAGCAACUGGAUCGUGGGGGCCGCCUUGGAAAAGAAGCUGAUCCCGUUGCCCCUGACGCUCGCCAUGGGCGCCUUCCUCAAUCACCGCAAGAACAAAUUCCAGUGCGGCUUCGGCCUCACCAUCGGUUAAGCUUCCCCUCUCCUCCUUCCUUCUCCUCCUCCUCCACCUCCUUCUCCUCACCACCUUCAGUGCAGUUCAUGGCCCCGUUUUCCUCCUUGUCUGGCCCUCGGUGACCCAGGGGUCGUCUGGGGGUGGAGAGCAGGAAGGGGGCCUUCUGCCUCCCAGCCACAAGGAGCAGCUGGUGGUGGACCUGUAGGUUGGGGACGCCAGACCUUUGGCCCAAAAUACGGUUCACGAGAUCCACGGGGCACUGCUUCGCUGCCUCCUGCCACCAGGGGGCACUCUAGCCUUGGGAACGGGGAAAGGCUUCCUUUUUCCAGAGAUUGGGGCUGCCAGAGGUCUGGAAUUGAGGGAGCUUGCCCCCCCCCCACUCUCCCACCCAUCACCCCCCCCUUUGCCCCCCAUUUCCUUCCAUUUUUCCCUCCAUCCGGGAAGGAGAGAGCCAACUUUGACGGUUUUCCAAAGAGAAAAAAAUCCAUAGGACCUGCCUUUAGGGGGGGCGGGGAAAAAGCCUCUCUUCUCGUAACGCAGGAGCUACCCUCGUCUUUGUUUAUUGGGGAGAUUUAUUUUUAUUUUUAUUUUUUUUUCGUUUGGUUUGGGUUUGCCCAAAAGGCACAACGGCAAUCGUGGUUUUCUCGGGCCCGUUUCGGGGGCCUCCAGUUGCACCCGCCCUUCCCCUCCUUGCCGCCUCUGCCCUCAAGUUGGGCGGGAAGCUCUCUCUGCAUUGGCUGGAUGUACGAAAACAGUGUUUCUCUGAUCUCCCCCCCUGGCUCCCCCCAAUGCAGACACCCCUCUUCAAUGGAAGCCGCCUGUCCUGUGCAUGAAAAAGCUUCAUCAGAGCGAGAGAGACACACACAGAGAGAGCUGCCUUGCUUGCUAUCACUCCGGGGUCAUACAGAAUUUGUGGGGGAAUAUCUGCACUGCCCUUCCCUCCUGCCACCAGAGACUGUGUGUAAAUCAUGUUUAUAAGUUAUGGGAGGGGAGGGGGGGCAAAAAAAAGGAUCUUUUACAAAUGGAAAACGAAGCAACCUCAACAGAGGAGUCGCCUUCCUCUGCAAAGUUCAGAAUAUCUGGUUUCAAUAAAACCCAUCUACAAAUG